AAAACCAUAAACACGUCAAUUAACCAGAUAGAAAUGACUACAUUACCACGACUGACAGGAGCUUUACGAGCAUUUGCCAAUGUUAGUAAAGACACAGGAAUAUCACUUGCUGAUGAGCACCAAGAGUUAGUUCGUAAACGGCAGCUUGUGGCAAAGAAACGGACGGACACUGUCAGCUGGCAGCGACUGACUGAGGUUAUAAACAAGGAAGCUGACGUGUCAAAACAGGAAGUGAAAGCAGCGCUCAAAGAACUGACUCAAUACGCCAAAUCAAUAGUGGGAUCAGAGGCAGAUUUAGAGACAAUAGAGGGCUCAGCAGCCUUCCUGUUUGAACUUCUGAAGUCGGUUAAUAUUGUCGGAAAAAAAGAGAGCACGAAACUUCGGCAGAUCUUCGGACCAUUUCCAGCCUCAGCAGCCAGCAAUGCAUGUUCAUUGAUCAACAAAAUUGUGUCAUGGUUACCAGAAAACACAUUGGAUUCCCUUGGUAACCAGGACAGACAGGAAGCUGAUGGAGAAGCAAGUGUCAAGGAGUUUGGGAUGAACAUUAAAUUUGUAGGUCAAAGUCGAGAUUCUUAUUUUGAAGAUGAGGACUUUAGUUCUGACUCUGACGAAGGUGAGAGGAGAGAACUGGACCUGAAAUAUGUAGCUUCUCCCCAUAAACCAAUCGCAGCCAAAAGAGAAUCACCUGACAAGGAGAGGUAUGAUGCCUCUUGGCUACAAAGGGAAGUAACCCAGUAUUUUCCUGGUGAGGAGAAUUAUCUGGGUAUGAGUAGAGAAGACCUAUGUUCCACCAUAUUUGAUGUUCUGACAGCAUCCAACUCGGAUGAGGAACUUCAAAAUAAUCUCUUUGAGCUUCUGGGCUUUGACAGAUUUGAACUCAUCCAAAGUUUGAUUCAAAACAAAGGAAAAAUUAUUGAGGGAGCUUUAACUCGACCGGAGAGCAGUAAACAAACAAGGGCCAAAGCUGAUGGAGGAAACAGGCCCCCAGUUACCCGACCCACGUAUGGGUGUCAAGUUACUGUGCAGACAGAGGAUGAGAGACAGAUGAUGAAGAUGAUGAGGAAAGAGGAGAAGAAGGAGAGGAGGAGAGAUGAGGAAGAGGAGGAUGUAGGCUUUCUCUUUAAUCCUCAGCAUCUCAGGGCUCAAAGAGAAGCGGCAUUAAAGGCACCUGCUCCAAUGUUCAGUGGGGGGAGGGGAAACUAUACACCCAGGGAGAAGUUCCCCUUUGUGUUUGACUCCAUGGAAGAAGCCAGACAGUCCUCAGCUUUCAUUGGAGGAGUCAAGAUGGUGCUACCAGACACAUUCACCAGGAAAAGCACAAAGUUAGCAGAGGAGGUGAGGAUCCCCCACACAGAGGCCCAGGCCACGAAUGUGGGAAACCAGAGAGUCCAGAUUGCUGACUUAGAUGAUGUUGCUAAGCUAGCGUUCAAGAACACUAAAGCCUUGAAUCGUAUCCAGUCAGUUGUAUUUGAUGCUGCAUACAAGACUAACGAAAAUUUGUUGAUUUGUGCUCCCACUGGUGCUGGGAAGACAAAUAUUGCCAUGUUAACAAUCCUUCAUGAGAUGAAACAACACAUCUCACAGGGGGUCAUUAAAAAGGAUGAGUUCAAGAUAAUUUAUGUGGCCCCCAUGAAAGCAUUGGCUGCGGAGAUGGUCCGUAACUUUGGGGGUCGGUUAGAACCACUUGGAAUUGCAGUCAAAGAACUUACAGGGGACAUGCAGUUGUCAAAGUCUGAGAUCCUCAAAACACAGAUGUUGGUGACAACGCCAGAGAAGUGGGACGUGGUGACCCGUAAGAGCACAGGGGAUGUAGCACUGACCCAGCUGGUCAAGUUACUAAUUAUAGACGAGGUCCAUCUUCUCCAUGAUGAUCGAGGAUCAGUCAUAGAGAGUCUGGUAGCCAGAACAAUUAGACAGGUGGAGAGUUCACAGAGUAUGAUUCGUAUCAUUGGUUUAUCUGCCACCCUCCCUAACUACAUUGAUGUGGCCCGAUUCCUUCAUGUCAACCCUUACGUAGGACUCUAUUUCUUUGAUGGAAGGUUUAGACCAGUCCCUCUCGGACAAACAUUUGUAGGAAUUAAGGCGACCAGUAAAGUUCAGUUUCUUCAGGACAUGAAUACAGUUUGUUAUGAGAAGGUUCUGGAACAAGUUAAGCAGGGUUACCAGGUGAUGGUGUUUGUACAUGCUCGCAAUGACACGGUCAGGACAGCCAUGGUACUACGAGAAAUUGCCAAAAACAACGGAGAGAUGGGAUUCUUUUCUCCCGAGCAAUCUGCACAAUAUGGGCAGGCAGAAAAAUCUACACUGAAAUCUCGUAACAAACAGCUGAAGGAGCUGUUUCCCGAUGGUUUUGGAAUUCAUCAUGCGGGCAUGCUCAGACAGGACAGGAACUUGGUGGAGAGAUAUUUUGCUGCGGGACACAUUAAAUGUCUGGUGUGUACGGCUACUCUGGCCUGGGGUGUCAAUCUGCCUGCACAUGCUGUCAUCAUUAAGGGAACAGAGAUUUAUGAUUCUAAGAAGGGAGCCUUUAUAGAUCUUGGAAUUCUGGACGUCAUGCAGAUUUUUGGACGAGCUGGUCGUCCACAGUUUGACAAGUUUGGACACGGAACAAUUAUCACGGCACAUGAGAAGCUCUCUCAUUACCUGUCACUGAUGACCCGACAGAAUCCAAUAGAAAGUCAGUUUGUGAACAGUUUGACAGACAACCUUAAUGCUGAGAUAGCUCUUGGUACAGUGACAAACAUUGAGGAGGCAGUGAAGUGGCUAAGUUACACGUAUCUGUAUGUUAGGAUGAGGUGUAAUCCGCUGGUUUACGGUAUCAACUAUAAUGCUGUGGAGAAUGAUCCUUUGUUGGAGCAGCAUCGCCGGGACCUGAUAGUGGAUGCCGGUAGAAAGCUGGAUAAAGCCCAGAUGGUGAGGUUUGAUGAGAGGACUGGAUAUUUUGCAUCCACAGACCAGGGACGUAUUGCCAGUCACUUCUACAUUAAAUAUGAUACUGUUGAGGUGGUUAAUGAGCAUUUAAGGCAAAUUAUGACAGAGGCAGAUGUUUUUGCACUUUUGUCCAAGGCUCAAGAGUUUGACCAAAUUAAGGUCCGAGAUGAUGAGAUGGAUGAAUUGGAUGACAUACUCCACAAUGUCUGUGUGAUGCAGGUCCUCGGGGGAUCAGAAAACACAUACGGAAAAGUCAACAUCCUGUUACAGGCUUACGUGUCCAGACACAACAUGGAUGCAUUUUCUCUGGUGUCUGACCAAGCUUAUGUGGCUCAGAAUGCUGGUAGAAUAGUUCGAGCACUGUUUGAAGUCAGUUUGAAAAAAGGUUGGCCUGUAAUGGCAGGGCGACUUCUUAACCUGUGCAAGACAAUUGACAAGCGACUUUGGGGGUUUGAGAACCCUCUCCGACAGUUUCCUCUCCUCACCAGUGAAAUUCUCAACAAACUGGAGGCAAAGAAAUUGACAGUGGACAAACUUAAAGAAAUGGAACCCAAGGAAAUAGGUCACAUGGUUCACCAUCCUAAAAUGGGUGGUGUGAUAAAGAAAUGUGUGAAUCAGCUUCCUUCAUUGGAUCUGGAGGCCAGUAUUCAGCCAAUCACACGUACUGUAUUAAGAGUGAGACUCUCCAUUCAGCCUGAAUUCAGAUGGGAUGACAAGGUACAUGGCAGUACAGCUGAAUCCUUCUGGAUCUGGGUGGAGGAUCCGGAUAACAAUCACAUUUACCACUCGGAGUACUUCCUACUGCAUAAAAAACAGGUGCUAGCAGGGGAAGCUCAGCAGCUGGUGUUUACUAUCCCUAUUUUUGAACCCCUCCCUUCCCAGUACUACGUGAGAGCCAUGUCAGAUCGCUGGCUAGGAUCUCAGAGUUCAUGUGCAAUAUCAUUUCAACAUCUCAUCUUACCUGAAAGGCACCCCCCUCACACAGAAUUACUUGACCUGACUCCACUACCAAAGUCUGCCCUAGACAACCCGGCCUUGGAGGCACUUUACAAGUUUUCUCACUUCAACCCCAUCCAGACCCAGAUCUUCCACGUCCUGUAUCACACAGACACUAAUGUCCUACUGGGGGCCCCUACAGGAUCAGGUAAAACCGUGGCAGCAGAGAUGGCUAUAUUUAGAGUAUUCAGAGAGUAUCCCAAAGCUAAGGCUGUGUAUAUAGCUCCUCUGAAAGCCUUAGUCAGGGAGAGAAUGGAAGACUGGAAGGUCAGGAUAGAGCAAAAACUGGGUAAAAAAGUAGUGGAGUUGACAGGGGACGUAACUCCUGACAUGAGAGCGGUGGCCAAUGCAGACCUGAUAGUGACUACUCCAGAGAAGUGGGACGGGGUCAGUAGAAGCUGGCAGACCAGGAGUUAUGUCAAGGCUGUGUCUCUCCUCGUCAUUGAUGAGAUCCAUUUACUGGGUGAUGACAGAGGACCAGUCUUGGAGGUCAUUGUUUCCCGUACAAACUUUAUCUCCUCACACACAGAGAAGCCUGUCAGGGUUGUAGGUUUAUCUACAGCGCUGGCAAAUGCCCGAGAUCUGGCAGACUGGCUGGGAAUAAAACAGAUGGGUUUGUACAAUUUCCGUCCCUCUGUGCGACCUGUACCCCUGGAGGUUCACAUCCAUGGAUUUCCCGGCCAGCAUUACUGUCCACGCAUGGCCACCAUGAAUAAACCAACCUUUCAAUCCAUAAAAACCCACUCCCCUGAGAAGCCAGUCCUUGUGUUUGUGUCGUCAAGGAGACAGACACGGCUGACCGCCCUUGACCUGAUUGCCUUUCUUGCUGCAGAGGACAACCCCAAACAAUGGCUACAUAUGGGGGAAAUGGAGAUGGAAAAUAUCAUAUCAGGUAUCAAAGACACAAACCUGAAGCUAACACUGGCAUUUGGAAUUGGUCUACAUCAUGCUGGCUUGAUAGAACGAGACAGAAAAGUCUGUGAAGAGCUCUUUGUCAAUCAGAAAAUACAGGUUUUGAUAGCCACCAGUACCUUAGCUUGGGGUGUUAACUUCCCAGCUCACCUAGUGGUUGUCAAAGGAACAGAAUACUUUGAUGGAAAGACUCGUCGCUAUGUGGAUUUUCCAAUUACAGAUGUGCUCCAGAUGAUGGGUCGAGCAGGUCGGCCUCAGUUUGAUGACCAAGGAGUAGCCAUGAUUCUGGUACAUGACAUCAAGAAACAUUUCUACAAGCGAUUCCUCUACGAACCAUUUCCUGUGGAGUCAAAUCUGUUGGAGGUACUCCCUGAUCACAUGAAUGCUGAGAUUAUAGCGGGAACAGUAACAUCUAAACAAGACGCUAUGGACUACAUCACAUGGACGUACUUCUUCAGACGUCUAGUGCAGAAUCCUACAUAUUACAACUUGGAUGGUACAGAUUUUGACUCCAUCAACAAGUUCCUGUCCUCUCUUGUGGAGAAGGCUCUAUAUGAGCUGGAGUGUUCCUAUUGUAUCGAGAUAGAUGAUGAUCAGAGGGGUGUGCGACCUUUGACUCUUGGGAGGAUAGCAUCCUAUUAUUACCUGAACCACAAGACCAUGAGGAUGUUUAGGGAUGAACUCAAGGCAGAGUGUACCAUGUCAGACCUCAUACAGAUACUCUCUGAUGCAGAGGAGUAUGCCCAGUUACCUGUCAGACACAAUGAGGACCAGAUUAACAGUGAGCUUGCCCAGAAGGUACCUCUGGAAGUGAACCCCCACACUUAUGACUCCUCCCACACCAAAACCCACAUACUGUUACAGUGCCAUUUUGGUCAGCUGCCCCUACCCUCCACAGACUACAAUACAGAUACCAAGUCUGUACUGGACCAGGCUAUCCGAAUUCUCCAGGCCAUGCUGGAUGUCAGUGCAGAUGAGGGCUGGCUAGUGACCUCCCUUAGAAUUACACAGCUCAUUCAGAUGGUUGUUCAGGGUCGAUGGUACCAUGACAGUGCCCUCCUGACCUUACCUCAUAUGACUCCAUAUCAUCUCAGUUGCCUAAGACCCAGAGGGGGAGGAGCCAAGAAAAAAGGAUUCCCCGAUAUUCAAGGCCCUAUUCAAACCCUCCCAGAAUUCCUUGCCGUGUGUGAUGGGAAGUUUGAUGCUGUAAUGGCCUUGCUUGGGGAUGAUAUGCAGAGGAAUCAGGUCGACCAGCUCUACCAGGUCAUUGGGACCCUCCCUCAGAUACAGGUCAACAUAGAGGUCAAAGGUUGGUGGGAAGGAGGUGUAGGUCAACAGGAAGCCAGGAAGGUCAACAAAUCAAAGACAGGUGGUCGAAGACCAGACAGUGAUUGGAUUCAGGUGCAUGCUGACCAGGAGUAUGUCAUAGAGGUCAGCUUACAAAGAAUCAACAAACUCAAGAAGAGAGAGAGUAAGGCUCAUGCCCCUCGAUUUCCAAAGCUAAAGGAUGAGGGCUGGUUUCUUAUUGUGGGAGACAUUGAGAAUCAUGAAGUGAUGGCUCUGAAGAGAGUUAGUUACAUCAGGGGCUCAUCCAAACAGUCAUUGGCCAUCUAUACCCCAGAGAACACAGGGCGUGUGAUCUACACCCUGUACUUAAUGAGCGAUUCCUAUUUAGGACUGGAUCAGCAGUAUGAUAUUUGUCUGGAUGUUAUUCCAGCCAGUAUAGAGACACAAGUCAACACAGAAAUAGCAAAUGAACUGGAUGAUCUGGAUUUUGAGGAAUCCUGAUGACUUGGAUGUCUGGAUUUAUACUAUGUGUUCUGUGAUAUACUGGAUAGGGUGUCUAUAAAUCAAACUAUAUGAGGGUGUGACAGUCACUGUUGAUUGAUUCUCAAUCAAAAUAAAGGAUCUGUGAAUUUCUUCAUAAAAAUCAUGCUGAAAUUGUUGUUAUUACUGUUUAGACAUUAAAAUCAUGAAGCUGUCUAA